CUGCUGUAAGGUGAAAUGUCUUCAUGUGAUUUUAGAGAUUAUGUCCAUGGAUGUGUGUCUGUGUGUUUACAGACGUGCAGCGUCCUACCUGAUAAGAUCCAUUCCCUAGCGAAACGUCCCAUUCAUAGAACUCGGUCUGAAGAGCAAUUCGAUCACGUGAAGUUUGGACCACCCAUGAGAAAGGAGACGGAUCCCUGUCCUGAUCUGGGGGCGUAUGAUGACUGGAGCUCUAUCAGUGCGGACAAGGACUCACCGAGUUUGUUAGAGUGUGUGGAGGAGGCCUUGAUGGAAAGGAGUUUGACUAUAAAGAGAGGCUCUUCAGCUGAGUACUCACUGGAUGAAGAGGAUAAAUAUGGGACGGUGAAGAGAGUGGUCUCUUCUCCCCAAUCAACAACAGUCACCAAUCAAGAGAGAAAAGCUCCCACUCCCUGUUCCCUCUCCUCGCCUCUUAUUGGCUGCACGCCUCUGAAGGGCCCAGCCCCUGACUCUAACCCCGCCCUAGUCAGUGAAUCCUCUUUUCUGAUUGGUUCAACGCUGUCUGACCUGUCACUCCUCACAGACUCCUCCUUCCUCAGUCAUUCCACCAGUCUAGGUUCCCUUUGUUCAACACCAACUGAAGGUUUGAUAGCAGAGAGCUCUGUCGCUCCAGACCCAGGAGGAACCAAGAGUCAUUUUCCCCCACAUGACCCCCCUCUCUCUCCAGAAUGGAGCACUCUCAGGAGGAAACCAGAUGACUCUAAAGUUGUCCAUGGACUACCACCUACACCACAAGUACAUAUGGGGGCCUGUUUCUCUAAAGUAUUCAACGGCUGUCCGUUAAAGACCCAAUGUGCUGUUACAUGGGUUUUACCAAAGACUAGAGAUCAGUACCUUAUGCUGGGUGCUGAGGAGGGCAUCUACACUCUCAACCUCAAUGAGCUCCAUGAGGACACCAUGGAAAAGCUGCUUCCUCAGAGAUGCAGUUGGUUGUACGUGAUGAACAACGUCCUUAUGUCUAUCUCAGGAAAGUCAUCACAAUUGAGUUCUCAUAGUCUGCCGGCCCUCUUUGAGUACCGCAGGAAUAUGCAGCGUAGACAGGGGAAUCUCGUGAUGAACGCACACCGCUUGAGCACAAAGAUAAGCGCAAGGAGGUAUGCCAUGUCAGUAAAGAUCCCAGACACCAAGGGCUGUAGAAGAUGCAGUGUGGUUCGAAACCCCUACACUGACAGCGUUUUCCUUUGUGCUGCUGUUCCCACUGGUUUGGUCCUUCUAAUGUGGUAUGAACCUCUGCAGAAGUUCAUGCAGCUCAAGCACAUUGCUCUGAAUCUGCCAGACUCUCUUCCUGUCUUUGAGCUGCUUGUAAACGAAACAGAGGAGCUGCCACAGGUCUGUGUGGGGGUGAGAAGCCGUCCCCGCCAAAAAGACAACACUGGACAGAUGCACUUUGACAUCAUCCACCUGGAUGACAAACCACAAAGUCUGCCAGAUGGCGAGUCUUUGGAGGUCAAACAAGUGAUUCAGCUCGACAGGGACACCGUUCUCAUCGCACUGAAAAACACAGUGAGGGUUGUGAAUCUUCAGGGAUGUCUGAGCCAUCAGAAGACCUCUGAACUUGCUUUUGAGUUUCCCAUUCAGACGCUGGUGUGUCUACAGGACAGUGUUCUUGUCUUCUGGAAACACGGUCUGAAAGGAAGGAGUUUACAAACUAAUGAGGUUACCCAGGAGAUCACAGACAGAAGUCGGGUUUUUCAAGUUUUGGGAACAACUAGGGAUAUUAUCUUGCAAAGCACACCUACGGAUGAUCCGUCUGCCAUGAGCAACCUGUACAUCCUCACGGGGCAUGAAAGCAGCUACUGAUGGGACUGAGCAAUAGCUGGAAACACUACAAAGAUUGACCGUCCUCCCUUCCCUACUGAAAGGGUCGAGUCAUCAGGCCCAGGAACAGAGGAAGACAUGAUGAAGUCACGUACACAGGUCUCCAGAGCCUCUGAGGACCGGAGGCAGAAUUUGGAGCUGAUGUGAAGGCACAAGGAUGAACCAUGAGAGAAAGAGACCUGUGGACCUGCAUACUAUGUUUGAAAGAACUCGUGAAACAGGCUGCUACGGGUUCUAUUUAAUACUAGAAAGUCUGUUGUAUUCCUUGUUUCAGGAAAUAUAUUAUAUCUACAUGUUUUGGUGCAGUGGUUCAGAAUUAUCUUCCAUUGGCCAGUAAAUUAGUUGAUAGUAUUUUGUCAACCAUUGUACUGUAAAGCCCACAAAAACCAAAACUGUGAAAUAAAUUACAUAAACGUAAACGACAAGGUUUUAAAUCACA